CUCGUCAGCUAACAGGAGAGACGGGAUUGUAUCUAACCAUACCUAAAAUACCAUUUCGCAAUUUCAAAGUUUUAGAAGUGAUGUUAAUAUCAUUAUAAUUGUUUCUUAAUAAUACUUAUUAUUUGCUAGCAAAAUAAUUUUAAAUAGUAAACAAACUUUGGCGAGUUAUGUCGCGAUCUAUCUAACGUCUCUUCUUCCCUGUAGUUUAGCCUUAGCUGUACCUAGAUUGAUAGCUAGUAUACUAUCCAGCUAGCGUCAUCUACAUUAAAAGCUUUCAUCCUAGCUUACCUAGUUAGUUUACUGAUAUGGCACUUAGCUUAGCUUGCUAGCCAGCCAUCGAACUAUGGAAAAAACACCAGUGAGGCUAAAGUUAGAAAAUCAAACCUCUGGUCCAAGUGUCUCCAAUGUGGGCAAGCAGAUGAGUGCCACACUAAAGGACAGAUUAAAACGAUCACGACGCUCUUUUACUUCCCCCCUUAAUGUGGUUAAACGACUCAAAGUGGAUGAGGAUGAGUUACCAGAGACUUGGAAAAAAGACACGAACAAUGCUGGGCUAGCAGACAAAGGGGGUGAGGUUGAUGUCAGCAGAAAUGAGGCCAUGAAACAUCAUAAAGACUUUUUAAAGACAUUUGGGUCUGAACCACCUCAUCCCUCACAUGAAGUACUUCAGCAUCGAGAGCAAUUAAAGAAAUAUGUUAAGGAGAAAGCCGAGACCCUACGACGGCUCAGGAUGGUCAAAAUGUACAGAAGUAAGAAUGACCUGGCACAGCUGCAAGGAUUGAUAGAUAAGUGGAGGCGAUGUGUUCAAGCAGUGCUGUAUGAACUCCAAACUGAAUUACCUACAGAUGCCCGGAAAGCCAGUCUCUCUCAGCUCAUUGACCACUUUGGGCUGGAAGACAGUAUACUGCACUUUAGUAGGACAGAAGAGGACUUUACGGACAGCUGAUUUACAAUGUGUUGUUCUUGUUAUUGUUCAUUUUCGCUAUAGGUAUUUUCAUAGUCCUAUAGACAUUACUGUUUAAAGGCACUUUGAGGGGUUAUUUACAUGUGAAACAUAAAAGAUAACUGAACUUUGGAUAGAUUUAUUCUUUUUGUUUUAAGUUUGUUGCACAUUCCUCUGUUCUUAUUUUGCAUUGGUGCAUUUCUAUAACUGCUCAUUAUAUAUGAUGGUUACAGUUAAAAAGGUGAUUUUGAAUAAAGGAAUCUGGCACUUUUAA